GUUGAGGGGAGACGACCGUAGCGAGAGCACGGUGUCGCUCGUUGUUCAGAAGUGUGUUCAGAAGUGUUCAGCAGUGCGUCGCUCUGUUAUCGUGUGCUGUCGUGUCCUUUGGAAAUUAAAGGUGUUUCGAAACGGAUAGUUUUAAUCCAGUUAGCCAAAGAGGAAAGAGAGAAAGAAAAGAGAGAGAAAAAGGAAAGAGAGAAAAUCAGAGAGGAAAAAAAAAAUUGAGAUAAAAAGGAAAGUGAUUUGGUUUUUGGAAAUUGAGUGUGGUGUUUAUCAAGUCGUGGAGUGUGGACGUUCGGCGGAAGUGCGUUUGCGUUCGCUGAGGGAACAACAUGGAUGCGUUAAUUUUCGCCAGAUACGGAGAGGUGUCGCCGCCGUCGUCGUUGUUGCCAUGGUAACGGAGUGUGUGUGUGGUACCCCUCAUCGGCACAAUGAAUCACGUGUCUAGUAUAACCUCGUGAGGGUAGUGUGAACGAAGGAAGAGAAGAGAAAAAAAAAAUAUUGAGGAAAAGAGAUAAAGAAAAAAGGGAAAGAGAAAAGAAAAGAAAGGAGAGAAGGUGAAAAUAACGGGAGAAGAUUGAGAGAGAGGAAACAGCAACAUCACGGGAAAGGCUCGAGGAGGUGAAGAAGAAGAAGAAGAAGAAGGACUUCACUCUCGCCCCCUUCCCCCCCUCCUCUUCCCCCCCUCCCCCUUAACCUCCCCCUUCGAAGGAGACAUCACCCCCACUCUCCCCCCACCCCACCCCUCCCUUCCGGCCGAUCCUCCAGCGCGUCGGGAGGCUGACACGAGAGAUCUCCGGCCGGGCACAGCAUCAUGUACCCAGCGGCCAUGAACGCGGCGGUGGCUGCUGCUGCCGCGAGCCGUCACCCGGUGAGUUUGGCGGGACCUCAGCCGGGCCAGCCGUUCAAGUUCACCGUGUCCGAAUCCUGUGAUCGAAUGAAGGAGGAAUUCAACUUCUUGCAAGCGCAGUAUCACAAUAUCAAAUUGGAGGCCGACAAAUUAGUGCAGGAGAAGUCAGAGAUGCAGAGGCAUUAUGUUAUGUACUACGAGAUGUCAUACGGCCUAAACGUGGAAAUGCAUAAACAGACUGAAAUUGCAAAGCGAUUGAAUGCAAUACUAGCUCAGAUCAUGCCCUUCUUAUCCCAAGAGCACCAACAACAGGUUGCCGCGGCCAUCGAGAGAGCCAAGCAGGUCACCAUGACAGAACUGAACGCCAUUAUCGGGCAGCAGAGAAACGAGUUACCCCGAAUUUUGGUUAGUAUCUCGCCGUCGUUGGAUGUUCUGCCGUUAAGAGAAAGAGACGGCAGAAAGCUGUAUUUUCAUUAUGCAAUAUUAUCAUUAUUAUUAUUAUUAUUGUUAUUAUUAUUAUUGACAUUGUUAUUAUUAUUAUUAUUGUUAUUGUUAUUGUUAUUAUUGAUAUUGUUAUUAUUGUUAUGGUUAUUAUUGUUGUUAUUGUUAUUUAUGUUUAUUAUUAUUGAAGUUAUGAUUAUUUAUAGAGUUAUAUAUGUUUGUGUAGGUGUUUUAGGGCAGAGAAAAUGCAGGUAGGUUGCAGGAUGCACUUUCUUCUUCUUCUUUGAGAAUAGGUGAUAGGAUGGAUAGUAAUGAAAAAAAGGAGAAGAAGAAAGAUGAAGAAGAGAAAGAAAGGGAAGGCAGAAUGACGUAGGAGAGAGAGAGAGAGAGAGAGGAGGGGAGGGG